AUGUGGGAUAAAUGGGCAAUGCUGACGCUCAUUAGAAAGACUGCAAAGAGGGUUGGCAUUUCAGCAGAAGGGCUAAAUAUCAAUGACAUGCAACAGGAUAAAUUUGUUCAAGCUGCAAACCUUGUGGAGUGUGAAAGGUCAGAAAACACACCUACACCCUCGUCUUCAGAGAACGCACCUUCUUCCACCACCAUACCUGCAUCGCCAAACCAUCUUCGAAAAGGGUCUGCCGCAUACUGGAAGGCAAAGUUUGAGAUGGCUCAGCAAACCACUCGUGAUUGUGACAAGAAAAGUAUACGGUUAGAGAAUAUUCCUGGUCUCUUGAUGAUUCAGAAAAUCAAGCUGAAACAGGCAUCAACAUCUACACGAGUCACACAAGUUCAUGGGUCGAUGGAAGGGAAGGAGGUCAUCAAAGUGGUCAAGAGAAUCAACGAGGAUAAGCAAAAAACGUUGCAGUUGAAGCAGGACAAGAUGAAAGCAAAGGAAAAAGAGAAAUAG